GACUGCGGACACAGUACAGGGAUGACCAGAGACUGCGGACACAGUACAGGGAUGACCAGAGACUGCGGACACAGUACAGGGAUGACCAGAGACUGCGGACACAGUACAGGGAUGACCAGAGACUGCGGACACAGUACAGGGAUGACCAGAGACUGCGGACACAGUACAGGGAUGACCAGAGACUGCGGACACAGUACAGGGAUUGGUUGUUAUGUGCUAAUAAGUUUGCGAUCCAACAAAAGGAAUUCAUUACUUGGCUCGCAAGGUUUUUUCCAUAUAACAGUACAGGGAUGACCAGAGACUGCGGACAGUACAGGGAUGACCAGAGACUGCGGACAGUACAGGGAUGACCAGAGACUGCGGA